AUGGCACAUGUAGCCUCAAACCGCCAGCAGGCCGCCAUUUUCUCUCCCUCGGUCGCCCGGGCCGCCGCCUCUACUGCCAAGGACUGGACUUACGUCAACAACUGGCUGGUGAGCAAGUACUACAGCAUCGGCGGUAACGACAACACCGAGAGCGAGGGCGACAAGGACGGCUCCGACCCCUCGUCCUUGCCAUCCUCUUCGGCCCCUGCGAAUUUCAGCUCGGCCAGAACCGGCAGGAAGCUCCCCCCCUUCGAGCGGAACCCCGACACUCUCAAAGUUCUGCUCGCCCUCGCUGCCGUCAACGAGGCCGCCGACGAGGACUGCGAUCGGCUUGCCCACCUUGAGGAGGCCGCCCUCGACGCGAUCCGCCGCCGCCAGAGCACCCAACCCCCCCUGCAAUCCGAGGUUGAGGUAGCAAAGGGUGCGGUGACGCAGCCGGACGGCGCCGCCUUCGCCGAGGACCUCCUCGCCGCUAUCCAGGAGAACCUCAGCAGGGAAGGUUGCGCUGCCCUCGACGCCAUGGCCGGUGUCGCCGUCGAGCUCGACGUCGCUUACCCGGAAUCGACCACCCUCGGUGUCGCCCUCGCGUCGCUCCGCGGCCGUGCCCUCGAGCUCGAGGAUGCCACCGCACGUCUCGACCUGUUGUUGCGGCCACACCUCGACCGCGAGACCGCAGCGACGGUCGCCUUUCUCGCUGACCUCGAACGCGGCGACACCUACCAGCCGGCCCCCGACCUCGCCAAACAGAACCUCGAGCUCCAGCGUCGCGUCCGCGCCGGCACCGGCGAUCUCUCCGAAUUGCAAAAGCGCGUCCUCACCCUUGAGCGGACCGUUGGGAUCCCCCCCGUCACUGUUGGUGACGUCAGGGCCGACGAGGACGCCUACCUUGCCUUGCUCGCUCGGAAGAAGGACCUCGAUGCUCAGGUCAAGGCCUUUGCUGGCCUACCCCCGGAUAUUGAGACAGCACGCGCCGAGCUGGAGGCCCUCCGCGCCGAACUGAGGAACGCGACCAAGCAGAGAGACGCAGAUUUCGAGAAGCUAGUAGAACGAGAGAGUCCGGUCAAGAUUAGGAGAAGGCCGUAA